CUUACAAUGAUAAAUCUAAAAGGUUGGUGCUAUAUAAGUAAAAAACAGAAAAUAAAGGGAGUAGAUUUGGUUAAGACCCAAAAAUUACGGAGAGUUACCAUAAACCCGCCCAUCUCACCAAACUCUCAACGUUCAAAAAAAAAAAGAAGUUGAAUCCUUUCCUUCGCGUCGUAUCGUAAAGAAGAGAAGAAAGUGCCAUCUCUCUCUCUCUCUCUCUGGAAUCUGAAGACUUUCAAGUUCCUGGGUUUCAAUCUCCGCUAUAUCAGACACUGAGGGACUAGGAGGAAGCGGUAAUGGGGAGAAACCUCGGUUCAGCGUUUAGACAAGAGUUGGCUAACCUUGACAAAGAUCCAGAGACCAACAAGACUGCAAUGAGCAAUUUGAGAACUAUUGUGAAAGACUUGAACGCAAAAGUGAUACAUGUGUUUGUUGCUCAAGUUUCUGAGACCAAAGAGAUUGGUUCUGAGUCCGGUGGCUACACUGUGUCUCUCUUUGAAGACCUUGCUCGUGCUCAUGGAGUAAAGAUCGCUCCCCAUGUGGAAACCAUCAUGCCGGUUAUCGUAAGGACGUUGAGCUCUUGUGAUGGUUCCUUAGGUGUUCAGCAGGCUUGCUCGAAGGCGGUGGCUGCUAUUGCUAGAUACGGGAUCGAUCCCGCAACGCCGGAGGAUAAGAGAAGGAAUGUGAUUCAUUCUCUUUGUAAGCCGCUCUCAGACUCUCUUUUGGAUACGCAGCAUCAGCAGCAUCUUGCUUUGGGGUCUGCUCUUUGCUUGAAGUCGCUUGUGGAUUGCGACAACUGGCGUUUUGCUUCUAGUGAAGUGGUGAACAGCGUUUGUCAGAGCUUGGCUGUUGCUCUUGAAGCCACUUCGAGUGAAGCAAAGUCUCACAUGGCGCUUGUCAUAGCUCUUGCUAAGCAUAAUCCUUUUAUCGUUGAGGCGUAUGCUAGGCUUUUGGUGAAGUCUGGUCUGAGGAUUCUGGAGUUAGGCGUUGUUGAGGGAGAUUCUCAGAAACGGCUUUUAGCUGUGCAGAUGCUUAACUUUCUGAUGAAGUAUUUGAAUCCCAAGAGUAUUUGCUCUGAGCUUGAGCUUAUAUACAAAGAGAUGGAGAAACACUUGACAGAUGAGAUGUAUUUUGUUAGGAUGGCAGCUUAUGAAACCAUGAGUACAGCAGGGAGAUUGAUAGGAGAGUCAGAAGAUCCAAUGUUUGGUGCAGAGAACUCCAAGACUCGAGUCUCAUUAAGUGGAUCAGUGAAGUCUACACCAAGUCUGAGAGCACAUAGCAUGAGUUAUGUUAAUGAUCAAGAAGAGGAAGAUGUUUUGUUUUCCGGUAUAGCCAGUGGAAGAACUAUCGUCUCAGGCUCUCCUUUGGUGAACUAUGCUGUCUAUAACCAAGAAACCGGUUCUGUGCUUGAGAGUCCAAGAAAUGGAGACCAGUUUCAGUUUCCUGGUUUUGAAGAUGACAACAUGGAGUCAGUUAUGUUCCAUCAGAGGAACAGAAGCUCUGAGUUCAACGAAUCCGUGUGCUCGUGGACCAAUCGGUCAAGAAGCUCAAGAGGAAAGCCAAAGAAGAGACAAUCAGGAGACAUCGGUUCACAUCAUCACAGGCACGGUUUUGCACAAGAUCCAUUCACUGAGCUAGUGGAGAACAGACAGCAGAUGCAGCAACAGUACAGUGAAAGCUAUUCGUCAUCAUCAAUAUAUGAUACAUCUGGUGGUACUACUACUGCUACUACUCCAACCGAAGAUAUCUGUGAGAAACCGAAGUCAGAUUUGGGUUCUGAGGGCAAAGUAGAGUCAAGAGGGGACAGGAGCAGGCGUGUGUUAAGAUGGGGAUUGAGUUUCUUCUCUGUUGCAGUUGCAGGGUUUGCUAUGUGGGCGCAUCUGCAAGAUGAUAUGGUGAUACCUCCUCACCUUGUUCCUACUUGAAGACUUAAGGGAUGAACGUAAAAAGCAGCUUAGAACAUAGAGCUUAGGUUUUUUAGAUUGUACGUUCUCUUGUGUUCUUUUGUUUACUGUGUGAUGGAUCAUGUUCAAAUACUAGUUUGUUCUUUUUUCUAAUCAAAAGUUUGUCACA